CUCCGCCACGCCCACUCAGUUGACACGCGUGUUUCGUGUUAGCAGCAUGGCUUCAUCGGCUAAACGACGAGCAGUAGGUUUGGGUGAAAAUCCCGAGGACAGUGAAAACAGCUCGGACGAGAAUCCGGAGGAGGAUGACGACUCCGGGGAGGAGGACAGUGAGGCAUCAGAGGAGGAAAUCAAUGAGGAGGUCUUUGUGGAUUUUGAAGCACACACCAUUUCACACAACGACUUCAACGGCAUAAAGAAACUGCUGCAACAGGUCUUCCUGAAGGCUCAUGUAAAUACAUCAGAGAUGACAGACAUCAUCAUCCAGCAGAAUCACGUUGGAAGUGUCAUCAAGCAAGCAGAGGUACCAGAAGACAGUGAUGAUGAUGAUCCAGAUGAAGUUUUUGGGUUCAUCACAAUGCUCAACCUUACAGAGAGAAAGGGUGUACAGUGCGUGGAGGACGUGAAGGAGCUGAUUGUGGAUCAGUGUGAGAAGAACGCCAGCCACAGUGUGACAGAGCAGCUCGAGCAGAUCCUCAAUGACACCAGCAAACCUGUGGGGCUACUGCUGAGUGAGCGAUUCAUCAAUGUACCACCACAGAUUGCCCUUCCGCUUCACAAGCAGCUCCAGGAAGAAAUAGCUGAAGCACAGAGGACGAAUAAGCCCAGUGGGAGGUGUCACUAUUGCCUCAUGAUCAGCAAGACCUGCAAAGAGGCAACCAAGACUAUCCCAGCCAGAGGAGGAGCUCCCAAAGAGGAGUACAUGUUUGUCAAUGCAGAAGAGGAAUUCUUUUGUGAGCAAGCCAUCAUGAAGUUCCACUACUCAGUCCAGGAAGAGGCAGACUCCUGUUUGAGCGGCAGGUGGUCAUUUGACGAUGUCCCCAUGAAGCCUUUCAGGACAGUGAUGCUGAUCCCCACAGACAGAAUGCCUGCCAUUAUGGACAAACUCAAAGAAUAUCUAACUGUGUGAACCUCGCAAUAAACCAAGACGGCUAUACACACACUGAA